AUGGCAGCAUUAGUGCAACAAGAAAAUACUUGCGAGUUGCAUUUUAGCAAUUUGCAUUUUAAAAUUAAAAAAAAAGAAAUUUUAAAAGAUAUAAGUGGGCAAUUUCCACCUGCGUCUUUGAUAGCUGUGAUUGGUCCUUCCGGUGGAGGAAAAACAACUCUUUUGAAUAUUCUCAGCGCUUAUAGUCCACAAAAUGCCUCAUGUGAUUACCUACAAGUUAAUGGAGUUAACACAAACUUUGAACAUUUACGUAACAUCUCUUGCUACAUCACGCAAGAUAUCCAUCUUAAUGAUUUACUUACUGUCGAGGAGAAUAUGUGUUUUGCUGCGGACUUUAAACUUGGUGUUACGCAUUCGCAAAUUGAAAAAAACGCAAUUAUUACAGAAUUAUUAGAUUCUUUUGGUUUAUCAACAAUGCGUACCACAAGAGCUGGAAAAUUAUCCAGUGGAGAGCGAAAACGACUCGCACUUGCACAAGAAAUGAUCAGUGAUCCAAAAAUAAUUUAUCUAGAUGAACCUACCACUGGUUUGGAUAUUUCAUCAACAUAUCAAACGUUGGCGUUUUUAAAGAAAAUCGCUGCGCGUGGAAAAACUGUGAUAUGUACAAUUCAUCAAGUGUGUGCAAGUCAUUUCAACAUGUUUGACUUUGCGUACGUCAUUGCUGAUGGACAAUGUGCGUAUCAAGGACGGCCACAAGAUUUAGUUAUGUUUUUACACAACCAAGGCAUGCCAUGUAACAUUCAUCAUAAUCCAGCUGAUUAUUUUCCUAUGGAAAUGGAACUUGUUAAACGUGAAGUACACAAUAGAUACUAUACCGUAGGGCAAUAUUACAUGUCGGUUUUCAUUUUGGAUUUACCAAUAUCUACGCUGACUGUGAUUACAUCUAAUAUGUUAAUCUAUUAUUUAACUGGUCAACCACUCGAACAGGAACGUGUGAUACUAUUUAUUAUUGUUAGUGUAGUAAUGGGUGCAACUACGAAUGCAAUCGGAUUUUGUUUUGGGACUUUACUGAAUUUUAAUAACGCAAUAUUCCUUGCUUCUUGUACUCAAGUGCCUCUAUUAGCGAUUAGUGGAUUCGCCAUUAUGCCACAGGAUAUUCCGUACUUGGUGGAUAAAUUCUCGCAAUUAAUGUACGUUCGAACUGGCGCCAAUGGCUUUCUGGUUGCCGUUUUUGGUUUGCAGCCUCGAAAACUUAAUUGUCCCGCAGAAGCGGAGUAUUGCUUUUAUAGUAACACGCAUCGUUUCAUGAAAGAACUACAGAUUGAUCCUAAUGAUUAUACUUCAGCGUUGUAUGUUCUUGCUGUUUGGUGUAUAUCGGUCAGGGUGAUAACGUACUACACAAUGAGAUACAGGCUAUCAUUACCAAUUUAUAUACCCUGUAUAUCUACGAAAUAG